AUGGACGUCUUCCGUCGCUUCGUAAGUGAGGCUCCAGACAUCCAGACAUUUCGAGACACCAAGCCGACUUUGCUGGUGUCUUGGUGGUGUACGGCCUAUGCUAUUGCAGUUAUUUUCCUUCGUUUUUGUGGUCGUUAUGUCCGGGCUGAGAAGGUCUUCCUCGAAGAUGGCAUUAUGGUUCUAGCCAUAGUGCCACUUCUCAUUCGAAUGGCUUUCACUCAUGUCGUACUCGUGUAUGGAACAAACAACACGAAGACAGAUGGGUUAUCCGAAAAGAGUCUUCACGACAGGGAGAUUGGAAGUCAAUUGGUAUUGGCCUCCAGGAUAUUCUAUGCUGCAUAUCUAUGGGCGAUCAAAUACAGCACCAGCAUGUUUCUGCAAACCCUCACAGAAUCCGUCUGGCAACGGUCUCACCAACGCAUGCUGCGCUACCUGCAUAUUUUCCUGGGUGUAACAUUCAUCGCAACGGUCAUCAGUGACCUCGGCGCCUGUCAACCAUUCUCUCAUUACUGGCAAGUAACACCAGAUCCAGGGCCACAAUGCCGACAAGGUUAUGCCCACCUCCUCACAACUGGGAUUCUCAACAUCAUCACCAAUCUCGCCCUCAUCGUCUUCCCUAUUCCCAUGAUUGUCAAGUCACGUCUUCCCCGAGCCCAGAAAAUCUCCAUCAUGCUCCGCCUGAGCCUCCCCAUCCUCAGCAUCGCACUUACACUCUACCAACUCCCCCGUGUGAUCGAAUAUCGAGGCCAACAACCAUUCCGCUCCCUCGUCGCCUCCUUCGAUAUGCUCCUAGCAACAUUCACCUCCAAUGCCCUGGUUCUCGUCUCCCUCCUCCAAGAUCGCGGCUACAAGAAAUCUAAAUACAAAGUCCAGCCGCUCACUUACGAAAGUCGCAACAUCCUUACCAAAACACCUACCGCUGGUGGAGGACGCCGGCCGAGUCGCUGGGGUAGUGACGAGGAUUUGAUUUCGGAGGGGAAGGAAGGAUCAGGAGUUAUUGCGAUGGAGGUUUUCCCUGGGAAUGGCUCAAGGGGAAAGACAAGCGCUGAGGGUGGGAGGCCGAGUCCUGUGCUGGAAGAGCCGCCUAGGGCGAUGUUACAAGAGAUUAGGGUUGCCACGACGUGGCAGAUCUCGAUUGAAGAUGAUGUGAAGGAUAGGGAGAUUAGGGAGGGGAGGGAUUGA